AUGAUUGAUACGAUGAAGAAGACCAUGGUGGAAUGCUUCAAGCGCCAUGGUGAGAGUUCACCGAACCACAAGGAUUCAGAAUCACCCACCCAACCAACGAAGAACGAGAAUCACGUUUCUGCAAAAAUGGAAGCACCAAGCACUCAGCAUACACAAAUUAUUGAAGUCAGUAGAGAUCUUCCUGAUGUAGCAAGGAAAAUUUGUGGGGAAGCAACAUGUGAGUUCUCAGAUGCUGGAUCCAUCUCAAAGGAUUCUGAAGAACGAUCAACUUCGAUGCGGAAGCUUCUGAUAGCAGUGGUCCUUUGCGUAAUUUUCAUGGCUGUUGAGGUAGUUGGUGGUAUUAAGGCUAAUAGUCUUGCAAUAUUGACUGAUGCAGCACAUUUGCUUUCAGAUGUUGCAGCAUUUGCCAUCUCCUUAUUUUCUAUAUGGGCUGGGGGAUGGGAACCAAAUCCUCGUCAGUCGUUUGGAUUUUUUAGAAUAGAGAUUCUUGGCGCUUUGGUUUCUAUGCAAUUAAUAUGGCUGCUUGCUGGGAUUCUUGUAUAUGAAGCCAUUGCUAGACUCAUUGCAGGUCCUCAAAAUGUGGAUGGGUUUUUAAUGUUUGUAGUUGCUGCAUUUGGUCUUGUGGUUAACAUCAUUAUGGCUUUGGUAUUGGGUCAUGAUCACGGACACGGCCACGGACAUGGACAUGAUCACGGACACGGGCAUGAUCACGGACACGGACAUGAUCAUCAUGGCCACAUCCAUGGCAUUUCAGUUUCUACCAAUCAUGAUAUAAAGCAAACACAAGAUGAGCAUCAUCACACACACAGUGAUCACACUCACCCUCAUGAUGUUGAAAAGCAUUCGAAUGAUGCACCCCACCAUACUCAUGAAGAUCACGCGCAAGAUCCCAAAGAGGGUGCUGUCCCACUUCUUGGUGAAUCAAAAGCCAUACCUGAGAAGAAGAAACGCAACAUAAACGUACACGGGGCUUAUCUCCAUGUACUUGGGGAUUCUAUCCAGAGUGUUGGAGUAAUGAUUGGCGGAGCAAUCAUAUGGUAUAAACCUGAAUGGAAAAUAGUUGAUUUAAUUUGCACUCUAAUCUUUUCUGUAAUUGUUUUGGCCACAACUAUCAACAUGCUGCGAAACAUUUUGGAAGUCCUGAUGGAGAGCACUCCGCGUGAGAUAGAUGCUACUCAACUUCAAAAGGGCCUAUUGGAGAUGGAAGAAGUAGUGGCUAUUCAUGAGCUGCACAUAUGGGCCAUUACAGUUGGGAAGGUAUUGCUAGCUUGUCAUGUUAAAAUCAGUCCUGAAGCAGAUGCCGAUGAGAUGUUGGACAAAGUUAUAGACUACAUCAAGAGGGUGCAUAACAUCAGUCAUGUAACUAUCCAGAUAGAACGCUAG